GAGAGAUAGAAAGAGAGGUGACAGUGCCAACGACCAAACCGGAAAAGACCGCAGCUCGCAGGAACGCCUCAGCUCGCAGGAACGCCUAAGAAGUAUCGAAUGAGAGAGAGAGAAAACCUAAACUACGUUCUCCCUCCGUCCCUCUUCUAGAGCUCGCCGCCACCACCGCAUCGCUCGAGAGAGAGAGAGCUAGGGAGGAGAAGGAUGUCUCUGUUGCCACAUUAUCCGGCGACGUCCACCAGCCGCCCGGCGACGGACCUCAUGCGCAGUUCGCUCUCCCUUGGCGCGCAUUCUGGAGCCCUAGGCCAAUUGCCUGUCGGGACGCGGCCGCGGCUGCCGCAGCCCGGCGUGGUCUGCAUGAAGAAGACGCGGAAGGUGAAGAAGCACGACUACCCCUGGCCGGACCCGAAGGACGUUGAUCCGGAUGUUAAGAGAGGAGCGUCAAGCUACCUGUCGGAGUUCAAGCCUCUGGCGGAGAGGUCGAAACCGGUGCCGCUCCCUUUCGAGAUGCCGCUGAUGGAACUCGAGAAGAAGAUAAUCGACAUAAAGAAGAUGGCUGAAGAAACUGGUUUAGACUUCAGUGACAAGAUAAAUUUGCUGGAGAACAAAUACCAACAGGCUCUAAAAGAUCUAUAUACUCAUCUAACUCCUAUUCAACGAUUGAGUAUUGCUAGGCAUCCCAAUAGACCGACUUUUCUUGACCAUGUGCUGAACAUCACUGACAGGUGGGUGGAGCUCCAUGGUGAUCGUGCUGGUUAUGAUGAUCCAGCCAUUGUUACAGGACUUGGAAGCAUAGGACACAAAACCUACAUGUUCAUAGGUCAUCAGAAGGGAAGAAACACAAAGGAAAACAUUCAUCGUAAUUUUGCCAUGCCAACUCCACAUGGCUACCGUAAGGCCUUACGCAUGAUGUACUAUGCUGAUCACCAUGGCUUUCCCAUCAUUACAUUCAUUGAUACGCCGGGAGCCUUUGCAGAUCUUAAAUCAGAGGAGAUUGGACAAGGGGAGGCCAUAGCACAUAACUUGAGAACCAUGUUUGGCUUGAAGGUGCCUAUUGUUACUGUUGUUAUUGGGGAAGGUGGUUCUGGUGGUGCCCUUGCCAUAGGCUGUGCGAACAAAUUGCUAAUGUUGGAAAAUUCCGUUUUCUAUGUUGCCAGCCCAGAAGCAUGUGCCGCAAUUUUGUGGAAGAGUGCCCAAGCUGCUCCGAAGGCAGCUGAGAAGUUGAGGAUAACUGGUACAGAAUUAUGCAAGCUGAAAAUUGCAGAUGGCAUUAUUCCGGAACCCCUAGGUGGUGCACAUACCGAUCCAGCUUGGACUUCAGAGCAGAUAAAGACUGCAGUAAUUAAUGCAAUGAAUGAGCUAUCUGAAAUGGACACAGAAACAUUGCUAAACCAUCGAAUGCUUAAAUUCCGUGCAAUUGGUGGUUUUGAAGAAGCAAUAUCCUUAGAUCCCAGAAAGACGAGCAACAUGAAGAAGAAAGAUGAGCCUAUCAACCAGGGUGCAAAGUUUGUCAUAGAUGCAGAUAUUGAGCAUGAGCUUGAAAAAUUGAAAGAGCAAAUUCUGAAAUCAAAGGUGUCAUCAGUCAACCAUCCAGAUGUUUCCUUCAAUGAGAUGAUUGAGAAAUUGAAAAAGGAUAUUGAACAGGAAUAUUUACAGGCUCUAAGUGCAACAGGCCUGCAAGAAAAGCUUGAUAUGCUUCGUGAGGAAGUUGCAAAAGCAAAGAUUUCUCCUACACAACCUCUGGAUCCAGUUCUUGAAGAAAAAAUUAGUAUGGUUAAGCAUGACUUUAGGCAAAGACUGGUGGAGGUCCCCAAUUUGGCUAGCUUGACUUCCAAGCUUCAGAUGCUAAAAGAAUUGACAGAUGCUAAAAGGCUGUCAGAGAAGACUAAUAAGCUAUCCGUACUGAAACAGGAAGUAAACCAGGGACUGAGAGGUGCUCUAGACCAGUCUAAUUUAAAGGGCAAACUUGAAUUACUGAGAGAGGAGAUGUUGCAUGCCGGUGUGACAAAGGUGGAAGAUUUGGAUGAGGGGAUGAAAGAAAAAAUUGUUAACGUGAAGCAGGCGGUCAUGUCAAGUUUGAGUGAGGCAUUGAAGUCCAUGCAGCUAAAUCUUGAACAAGUGGUAUCAAGAGAAGAAGCUGCCCAGGUUGGGAAUUAUGACAAAAAGAAGAAUUAUGCAGAUUUAAAGAAUCAAAUAGCAGAACUCAAUGAUGACAUAAAUAAAGAAAUUGUAGGGGUGGUUAAUUCGUCCAAUUUGAAGAGCAAACUUGAAAUCCUCAGGUUGGAACUCGCCAUGGCUGGGAAAUCAUCAAACCCAGAGUCGAAGAGUAAGAUUGAAGAAUUGACAAAGGAAAUCAAGCAGAGGCUUGAGGAGGCAAUGAUGGACUCAAAAUUGGCAAAGAAACAGGACAUGCUAAUGCAAGAGAUGAGGAUUGCUACAAAGAAACAUUCAGCAAAUGAUGCAGAAGAUUCAGAAAGUGGUAUCCUAGACGAGCAUGUUUCUGAUAUUGAUAUCACUAAUGUGGAUGCAGAGCUCAACGGCAGCUUUGUUUAAAUGAACAAUGGCAAUCUAAGGAGAAAACUAUCUGAAAUUUAUGCCGAGUCUCUGUGACAAUCUGGCCCAUUUGCACCAGGGGAACGCAAGGUCACAGGCUACCACUUUUGAGUGACUCUAAGAUUGUUUAAUCCCCCACUUUUGUCCUUCAAUGCAUUCGAGGGAAAUUUACUUUAUUCUUUUCCCUGGAAAUUAGCUUAUCUGUAAUUUCAAUUGUACAGUUUACCCAUGUGUUCGUGGACUCCACUCUGGAAGCAUCAGUGAAUAAGGCUAUUUUCACUA